CAUAGAAGCAAAGAAGAAGAAGUACCUUCUCUCUCUGAACAGAGUGUAGUACUGGCAGUGAAAAUCAGAACGCAGUCAAAUGGCUGCGCUUUGCGAUUAUUGCAUUGGCAUAUACUUUUAUAUUUGCAACAAAUUUACAGGAAGAGAUCAAUCACAGACAACAGUCGUAAAGCGCUUGCUAAGCUGAGUUUUGCUGAAGCAAAUCGAUUAAUCGCUGGUCAAUAUUCCAGCUAAUGUAAAGAUAAUACUGGUCUGUAAUUGGUUGAACUGCUUACGACCCUACGGUUACGGUUAAAAUUUUUUCACGUGCAAUGGCCCUUACAACGUCAUCGCAAAGGGGAUAGCCUUUGUUUUUACAUCCAUAACAAGAACAUUAAAAAAAGACAGGGAAGUUAAAGAAACAAGUUUUUAGUAAAAUGAUAAAGAAUAUUUGUAUCAUUUAUAUAUUCGUAAAUAUUUUUUGAACAAAAAAAUGGCAUUGUUGCAAACUCGAGUUUUUUAUGGUUUGAGAACCGAUAUUAUUGGUAAUGCGCAUUAUAUCACGGAUACGGAAAUUUUGUAUCCGGUUGGUAAUGUAAUAGCAGUUCAUGAUAUUUUGCAACGUCAUCAGAAGUUUAUUCAAAUACCUGACAAAUAUUCCAUAAACAUUAUUUGUGUCUCACCUAAUAAGAAAUAUGCCGCUUUAGCCGAAGUUGCAGACAAACCUACUAUAUCUGUUUAUGAUCUCGGUUCUUUAAAGCGUCGAAAAUUGCUUGGAAUACCUUUUGAUGCUCCAGGAGUGACCAGAUUUAUGUGCUUAAGCUUCACCUUUGACAGUAAAAAUUUAGUAGCAAUCACUGGCAAACAUAAUCAACAUGAUCAAAUAAUGCUGUUUUAUAAUUGGGAAAAAGGCAAAGUUGAGUCAACUUUCAAAAUAACUAAUUCUCAAAAUCCAUUGGCAAUUGCUAAAGUACUUGCUUGUAAUCCAUUGGACAUAGCAGUAGUAGCAAUUGGUGGUGUAUAUAUCUUCAAAUUUCUCACAUUUUCUGAUGCGGUAUGGCGUCCUUAUGGUUUUGCUAAGGCAGAAAAUCUUCUCGUUUGCUCAAUGACCUGGCUGGAUGGCGAUCGGCUGCUAGUCGGUACUGAUGAUGGUCGUGUGCUCUAUUUGGAGAAUGGCAAUUUAAAGAACAUAUAUAAAAUGUCUGACACAGUAUCGAUGAAUCUUAAGAUCCGUGAGGAAUAUAUUAUGCCUGCUACUGCAACUACUGGUUUGCAGAUGACAAAUGCUUACAAUGACUUUGCUUGGGAACAAAAUAUACAGUGUUUAAUCGCGUUUCCGCGAGGAUUUGUUUAUGCCUAUGGUGCAGGAACAGUAAUACUUUUUGAGAAAGAAGGAAAACAUAAGUAUACAAAAAGAAACGUUUAUAUUAUUCCGCAGCAAUUGAUGAAAAUUGAUAAAUCUGAAAUAUAUAAGAUCAAUACAAUCAAUGUGAAUCUUAGUUUUGAUCAGCUUAUUGUUACUGCUGGCUGGUCCCAACUGUAUUAUGCCACAUUGUGGGGUGCGAGUCUGCAAAUAGAUCCUGAACCACAGGCGUUAAAUAUCAUGGGCCAAUCGUUGCAUCAUGGUCCCAUCAGCGGUCUCGCUAUGUGCGCAUGGAAACCAAUUUUCAUGACAUGUGGUGAACUUGAUCGCACUAUUCGACUGUGGAACUUCGAAACCGAGAGUUUAAUUAUGCUUAAGCAGUACAAUGAGGAUAUAUCCGGAAUCGCAUUGCAUCCGAUGGGUCUGUUCUGUCUGAUAGGCUUUACUGACAAAUUACGUUUCAUGAAUAUUCUGAUCGACGAUCUGUUGCCGAUACACGAGAUCGCUGUCAGAAAUUGUAGAACAAUCCGUUUCAGUCACGGUGGUCAUUUAUUCGCUGCGGUCAAUGGAAAUGUAAUACAAAUAUACAAUACUAUUGGUUUCUACAAUCUUUACGUUCUCAAAGGACACACAGGCAAAGUGAAGACUCUUCUCUGGUCGCACACAGAUCUGAAAAUAAUAAGUAUGGGCGCAGAGGGUGCCAUUUACGAGUGGGACAUGUCAACUGGUACACGAUCCGGCGAGGUCAUUCUGAAAGGCAUCGUUUUGCAUGACAUUGCUCUUUCUUCAGAUAUGUCGUUUAUUUAUUGCAUUGCUCAUGAUGAUUAUAUACGUGAAAUCAAGGAGAAUGAGGUAAUUCGAGAGUUUCGUUUACCUGGUAGAAAAAUGCAUCAAAUAAUUAUGGGAAAAGAUGACUCGAUAUUAUUUGUAACAUGUCCUAGUGGUGUCAUUCUUUCGUUAAAAAGUCCACUUCAAGCUCCAAUAGAAGCUACAGACUUUCAUAUACACUGCGUCGACGUUACAAUGAUCGCGCUCUCUUUCAAUGAACAAUAUUUGGUUUCUGUUGCGAAAGACGGCAGUUUGUGCAUUUGGAAGCUUCAUUUUCCUGAGGGAAAGAUCGUAACGAUGAGCAGAGAAUUAUCAUACAUAAAUGAAGUGUUAAUUGGAAAACAAGAUUUAGAGGAAAAAUUGGACAUGAUAAAAACUCUCACCGUAAGAAUGAAAGAAUUGGAGACUGAACACGCAUACAAACUGCGACAAAUUGACGUUCAGCACAACGAUUUAUUACGCGACGUACAUCAAAGCUAUAGCAAAGCCAUUAAGGAACUUCGAGAUAAAAACGAAAAGCUUCAGGAGGAUCAUAUGAAUCAGAUCAACAACAUAAAUAUGGAAAUUGUAAAGAUCAAGAUGAAUCACGACGAGGCAAUGCAACAGAUGGAAAACACUUACGAGACCAAAUUGCUUACAGAAUACGACAGAUAUCAAGCAUUCGAAGAACGUACCAAUGUAAUGCGUGAGGAUUACGAAAAACAAUUAAAAGAUCUUAAAAAUCGAGACGCGGAAGAAUUACAGAAAACGAUAACGAAAUACGAAGAUUUGCUUCAUGCGAAGAAAGUGCAACUGGAAGAAACGUUUGACGAAAUGACGCACAAAGAACGCAUUCACGAGGAUUUAAUAACAAAGAUAGAAGACGACGCGGAUAACGAAAUUCUUGAGAUACGUACGAAAUACGAAAGUCUCUUGUACGAGGAACAGCAAAUCAAUAUGAAAUUGAAAGGAGAGGCCGGAGUGAUGCGAAAUAAAUUUAUGGCCAGUCAAAAGGAUGUGGACGAUUUGAAGAGACAAGUACAUCGUGUGCAAGGCGAAUAUGCGCAGUUUCACAAAAAUAUACAAGAACUAGAGAAACAAAUAACGGAUUUAAGAAAGGAAAUCAGUGAAAGAGAGGCCACUAUUCAAGAUAAAGAGCAACAGAUAUAUGAUAUAAAGCAAAUAAAUCAGGAAUUGGAAAAGUUCAAAUUUGUAUUGAAUUACAAGAUUGAGGAAUUGAAGAAUCAGAUAGAACCAAAAGAUCGGGAGAUACAGCAGUUGAAGGAAACUAUUCGAAACAUGGAAAUCGAAUUUACAAAUCUUCAUAAAACUAUUACGAAUUUAGAGUUACACUUGCGUGAAGUUCAGGAGAAAUUACAUAGCGCGUACCAAGAAAUUGAUCGAGAAAUGCAAAAAAACAAAAAGUGGCAGCAGCUUGUGAAAAACAUUCGCAUCGAUAUUCACGAUGCCGCGGGACUCGUGCAAGAGCCGAACGAUCUAAAACGUGCCGUGAAAGAUUUAUAUCAUAAAUAUAGCGCGGACGAUGAAUGUUUAGACAGUCGCAAGACGGACGUUCAAUACGAAAUCAAGCAAAAAGAUUACUCUGAACGGACUAUUACGUCUCUAAAAAAACAAAUGUCUCAAGAUACGUCUACUGAUAAUAAAGAUUUGAUAAAGAAGAUGGAAGAAAAUAGUAUACUCAUUCAAGAAGUAAACAUUUUAACGAAAGAAUUACAAAAAGUCCAGCAAGAUAUUUUGCACAUGGAAAGUAUUUUAGGUUUAACGCGAAGAGAUGUGCAAUCUUUAGAAACGAAAAAAAUGUUGGAACAAGCAUAUCGCGGAUAUGAAGAACUACAGGAGAAAUAUGUAACACAAAUAAAAGAAUAUCAGCAGAUUAUUUUAACGUUGAAAGAAGAUAUUGAACGACUUGCGAGCAAAACUUCUUGUACAGAAAUGAAAGAGAAAAUAAGUUCGUCUGGAGAAUAAAUUUGUAAUUUUUAGUUUUUUGUUUUUUUGCGACUAUAUGAAUUAUGAACAUAUUUGCGGCCAACAAAGUAGACCCCUACGUUAUUUUAAAGUUUUCAGCCGACAACACAAUCCUAUACGUCAUUUUAAAAUCUGUUUAUUUAAUUUUUGUUUUCAGAAUUUUUUAGAUGGAAGAAUUUCUUUUUUUCUCUAAAGUUUCAUUACCAUCUAUGUCAUCUUCUAAGACAGAUAUCUUUG